UUAUGUCAUCACCACUGGCAUUGAUCAUGACAUCAUCACCACUGCAUUCAUUACAGUCAUUACUCAAGCGGCGUGUCCUGCAUGUGUCGGUGUGUGUGAGUGUGUGUUCAGCGUGUCAGGCCUUGUGCAGGAAGUGAGGUGUAACAUGAACCUUUAAUCUCCAGAGACGCUAAUCCUGUUCUCUACCUGCUAAUUCUCAUCAGAGGGACAGAACACACACACACACACACACACAGGUGAGAGGCAGACAGGAGGACGUGUCCGUUUACUGAACGCUGAACAAACGCUGUGGAAACUGAACACAGAAGAAGAGGACAGACUGAGCGACUCGACCUGAACUCAAAACCUCACAGUGUAAUGUCCAAAGGUCCACAGGACUCCAGCAUGGAGCAGCUUCAGAGGAGAGGAGAACACACGUCAUAUCAGAUUUUCCCCGAGCUGUCGGAGCAGAUGAAGGGCGCGGCGCGGCUGAAGGAGCGUCUGCCGUCGAUCGUGGUGGAGCCGUCGGAGGAGAGCGGAGAACAGAACUCCGUCGUCGAUGAGGAGGAGGAGGAGGAAGAUCCUUUCCAGGACCGCUGUGACCCCGCCGGCAGCGGUCAGGAGGAACAGGCUGAUGUGGACAGAGUUCCUCGUUUUAAACGUUCAUCGAUACCUUGUAUUCAGAUCGACUACAGCAGACUGACUCCGCCCCCUUCGCCCACAUCAUCACGCGCAGCUCCGCCCUGUUUGCGCAGCUGAGAGACGAACAGCAGAUCAGAGGAUGAGAAACAUCAGCACAACUGAAGCAUAAAAACGUGAUUUAAACCUAGCUAAAGGUUUAAAUGAAAAGUUUUAGGAUUUUGAAAAAUUGUGCUGUAUUUCUGUGACUAAUCAAAGGAAAGUAAAUGAGUGAUCACAUGACUCUUUGUACAGACGGCCAGAUUGAAGCUCUUUGGAUGAAUGUGUUAGUUAUAUAAUAUAUAAUAUUUCACUGCAGUUGUGACGCUGAUAAAAAAUUAGAAAGAUGCAAAAUAAAAGCAUCUUCUUCCAUGGCGCUAGCAACGCCAAGGUCAUGGGUUCGAUUCUCAGGGAAAUGUGUAGGACUUUCAAUGCAAUGUAAAUCCAUUUGGAUACAAGCAUCUGCCAAAUGCAUGAAUGUAAAUAUAAAUUUCUCUGCUGGUCUCAGACUAAAAACACUUCUGAUAAGAGAGAAAUUUAAAGUAUUUAAACUGCAAAAACAUGAUGUUCUUCCUCAGUGUUUCUGUCUUGUUUUCCAGCACAAAUACCUGAACAUUCUUAAAUCAAUUUUUUCAAGAUUUAAAGUAAAAGACUUGUUUUAUGAAAAAUGCAUCAAAAUGAAGUGAGUUUGUGUUUAAAACGAACAAAUAUCUGCCAAUGGGGUCACAAAUAUAAUCUUUAUUUUCUUCUAAUCAAGUUUAUUUUUCUGACGACAUUGGCAGAUAUUUGUUCUUGUUUUAAGCACAAACUCACUUCAUUUUGAUGCAUUUCCAAAAAACAAAAUCAAAAACAGACUUAACCCUUUUGUUUUUUUAGAUUUUUUUGUUUCAUUGGAAUGGUACGAAGGUUUUUGCUCUUGCUGUGUGAACACAAAAAUCAUGGACAUGAUUCGAAAAGGCUCAAUGGUCCUGAAAAAAUUUGUCACACUUGUGCUCCUCGCGGUCAAAAAUGAGCGCAUUGGAAACGAAUAUGAAAUUAAUUUCAUCUAGUGGAAGCGUUUGGUACUGCGCCCAAACAAAAUCUGACUGAAAGCUCAUUUUUUGAGAUAUAAACCUCAAAUUUGGUGCACAACUUGUUUAGAUUUAUGACUUUGAUUUCCCCCCAGUUUUAGAGUAAAACAUGUUUUGGAAAAUAUAUAUUUCAUAUAAAAAUUACAAAUAGUAUUUUUAUGCAUAAUAUUAAACUUAAACUUUCACUUUUUUCACUUCAGCAAUAAUCUGCCAAGUGUCUUCUUUAAAAGGAGACCAAACUUCAGUCUGUGAUCCAAAACAUUCAAGAUUUACCACAGUUUAAGUUGGAAAUGUCAUUUUCAGCUCUAUGCUCAAAAAGUAAAUAAAUAGAUUAUAACUACUGCAUAAAUGUAAUUUAGUGCCAUAAAAUCUCCUAAAAACGCACAAUAUUAAAUAAAAAGAAGAAAACAAGACAGAGGAAGAACAUCAUGUUUUUCAGUGCACGAGUGAGGAUGAAUAAAGUGUAUUAUAAGUGCAGAUGACUGUUAGAAUCACAGUCUGCCUUGAUGUUUAAGCCGAAGGUUUGAGUUGUUGUUGAUCUCCAUCUAGUAUUUUUUCAGUUUGUUUUUAAUUUUGCAGAGUACUUUCUGAAUGAUGCAGACUCACAUGAUUUUGCUCAAUAAAAGCCAUUUUAAUGUC